CGGAAGUGAGGUGUAUAAACCUCUUUAGCAGCUAGCCAGUCGCUUGUCCCUUUAUUGUGUAUGUUUCAUCUCUUACAGUAAAAGAUGAAUCUGCCAAAGGGACCAGACUCUUUGUGCUUCGACAAGGACGUUUUUAUGAAGGAUGAUUUCGACGUCGACCAGUUUGUGUCGGAGUGUCGGAAGCAGGUCCAACUGGAGGAGAUGAGAGAGGACCUGGAGCUCUACUACAAGCUGUUGAAGACAGCCAUGGUGGAGCUCAUUAACAAGGACUACGCUGACUUUGUUAACCUCUCCACCAACCUGGUUGGGAUGGACAAAGCUCUCAAUCAGCUGUCUGUGCCUCUGGGUCAGUUGCGAGAGGAGGUUAUGAGCCUGCGUUCCUGUGUGAGUGAGGUGAUUCAGGCCAUAGACAACCAGCUGUCCAAACAGGAUGAUCUGCAGAAGAAAAAGGUGUGUGUGCUGAGGCUGAUCCAGGUGGUGCGCUCAGUGGAGAAGAUUGAGAAAAUUCUCCACUCGCAAAACUCCAAGGAAUCCAGCUCUCUGGAGAUCAGCAGUCCUCUGUUGGCAGGCCAGAUCCUUGAGAGGAUCGCUACAGAAUUUAACCAGCUGCAGUUUCAUGCUGUACAGAGCAAAGGCAUGCCGCUUCUGGACAAAGUCAGACCUCGUAUUGCAGGCAUCACCUCCAUGCUGCAGCAGUCUCUGGAGGGCCUGCUGAUAGAGGGUCUGCAGACGUCCAACGUAGACAUGGUGCGCCACUGCCUCAGGACGUACGCCACCAUCGAUAAGACCCGAGACGCUGAGGCUCUGGUGGGACAGGUGCUGGUCAAACCAUACAUGGACCAGGUCAUAGUGGAAGAGUUGGUGAAGUCCAAUCCGAACGGCCUCCAGCUCAUGUAUUCUCGACUGCUGGAGUUUGUCCCUCACCACUGUCGGCUGCUCAGAGAGGUGACGGGAGGAGCCGUAUCCAGUGACAAAGCAGAUAUCGUGCCGGGCUACGAUUUCCUGGUGAACUCUGUGUGGCCAGAAAUCAUCCGAGGGAUAGAGGACAGGAUGGCCUUCCUCUUCAACCCUGGAAAUCCUGACAUAUUUUAUGAGCGGUAUAGUGUGAGUAUGGAUUUUGUGCGGAGGUUUGAGCGCCAGUGCAGUUCACAGGCCAGUGUGAAGAGGCUGAGAGUGCACCCGUCAUACACCAGCUUUCAUAACAAGUGGAACCUUCCUGUCUACUUUCAGCUGCGGUACAAGGAAAUAGCAGGAAGUUUGGAAAAUGCCAUAAAUGAUGGAUUAGUGGCAGCUCCAGCGGGCAGUGCGUACCACCUGCAGGUGUCUGAUGUGUUGUGGUCCUGCCUCGUGAGGUGUUGGUCAGACAAAGUGUACCUGUCCCCUCUGGCCCAUCGCUUCUGGAAGCUCACGCUGCAGCUGUACUCAAGAUACGCCAAGUUCCUCAACGAGGUGCUGACCAAGAUUCCGCCCCCUGAGGUGACUAAAGAGCCAACCAGGCCCCUGCCUAGCUCCGCCUCCUCCACCUCCAGUCGAACCUCAUUGGAUGAGGCUGGCAGUGAGAGCGGAAGUCCCACCUCCCUGUCCACCAAGCAGCUGGUCUACAUUGCAGCUGACAUCCAAAAACUGCAGGAGCAGAUACCAGAGAUGUCGGAGAUGGUCAGACAAAGGCUGGAAGCUAUCGGAUUCAAAAAUUUUGCUAUUGUGGAAGAUGCUCUGGCGGACUCUAAAGCCUGUCUGUCCGGCAGCGUCCCCACUCUCAACACCAGGAUGACCCAGCAUCUGACUGAGCGGUGCUGCCGCUUCCUCAAGAGUGCCUCUGAGGUUCCUCGCCUCUACCGAAGGACCAAUAAGGAUCUGCCGGUGCGAGCGUCAGCGUACAUGGACAACGCCUUGCGUCCGCUACAUCAGCUGCUGACUGACUCAACGGGACUGGUCACUCCUUCUACAGCACAGGAAUGGCUGCGAGUUACAUUGUCAGACUGCACACAGAGGUAUUAUGAGACCAUCUCAGAGGUGCUGAGCUCAGUGAGGAAGAUGGAGGAGAGUCUGAAGCGGCUAAAGCAGGCCAGGAAAGGUGCAGCCACCACAACCACAGCAGCAGCGAACGGGGGACCCACAGACGACAGCAAGAUCCGCCUGCAGCUGGCACUGGACGUGGAGUACCUGGGUGAACAGAUCCAGAAGAUGGGUCUCCAGCCAGGCGACAUCUCCAUGUUCUCCACGCUGAUGGAUCUGGUGCAGGAGGCCCGAGAGCUGGCUGAACAGAACCAGUAGAGCCACUGAACCCACAGCAACUAAAACACUUUAACAUGCUGGGCUCAUUGGUCCAAGCACACCUGGUCUGUGAUACUGCAGAACAUCCCGUCAACUUCCUGCAGUACAAGACUUAGUGGGACUUUUAAUGCCUGGAUGAAUCAAACCAAUAAACAUUAGGCCUUAGGCACAAGAUCUGUGCUUUUAGCCAAAUCCUGUCAGUGACAUUGGCACCCCCCCUAAUUUUCUUUGACUAAAACUAAAACUCAUUCACCAACGUAUGAAGGCUUCAUUUUUGUUUCUUUUAAAUUAUAUUUUUGGGAAAGAUUGCACAAUACACUGAAGUAAAAUAUAUAUUAAUAUGUAUAUUUAUUAUUUGAAGCCCAAUAAACCUUACAAAAAAGUAAUUUGGGUAUCAAGCAGAUUGUAAAGACCUGACAGGACUGGAGAACGUUUUUUUUUUUGUUUGUUUUGUUUUGUUUUUUUUGUUUUUUUGACACUACUGUAUUUUUGUUCGCCUCCUCUACACAUUUCUCUGUUUAGGUUUUAAGUCAGCCAUUUUUUCUUUGGUGUUCAGAGACGUCAGAGGUUCAUAACACACCAGGAGCCGUCGAGCUCUGCCAGCCACUGUGGGUCAUGUUGUCAAUUCUGGGUGUAAACACGAGAGGAACUCCUGUCUUAAGGUGUUUUCAGGGUCACAGUUGACUGUAUAUGGGCAAAUUUUCACAUGGGAGAUUGGGAUUGUGGUAUUUCUGAUAGAGAUGGUACUUUUUAUACGGCGACUAGAAGUUUGGGAAAUUAUCGUUCUUUGCAAAAUGACUGUGAUGCUGAAGGUAUUGUGUGCACUGUCCAAUACAGAUGUUUGUUUUGGUGAUAUAUGGCCAAAAGAGAUCUUGGGUAAACAUGGUGCGUUUCAAAUGUAAGAGUUCUAUGGAGUGAAUGUAAAACAAACAACAACAAAAUCCAACCAACUCUUUCUGUCUCUUCACUGUUACCUGUUGAAGGAUGAAUUUCAAAUAGCGGAGACAGCUAGUGUGAAUGGUGUCCAUUUCUAUUAAAAACCAAGGUGUAAUAUAAUGCUAUUAACAGAAUGAACUUGGUAAUAAAAUUU